AUGCCUUUCUCUAGACACCCAUCUCAACACUCCAGAGAAUCAUCCAGGAAUCCAAGGGACUCAUACAUCCGCUCAUCACCCAGCAUCCAGAACUCCCCCCCACCAACACAAUACCCAACAAACAGUUCCCUAGUAAAACCCCCUUACCCACCCCAUCCCACCCAAAAACCCACUAACACACCACCGCAGUACUCCCUCUCCCACCUAUCCGCCCGCAACCCGCACCGCUACCUCCACGCAUCCUCCGUACGCCGUCAAGUCGCCUCAGCACCUAGCGAACCACUUCAAUCCACACAAUCCCAAUCAACACGAUCUCGAUAUCCCAAACCCUUCCGGAACAACGAGAACCUACCUCUGCAGGAGCCUUGGAGAUCUCACGAGGAAUACCCCAUCGUCUACGAACAUGGGGAGAAUUAUACGGAUGCGGAUGGACAGGCACCCGGGCCUGUACGUGCAGUCUAUCACCAUGGAGAUAGAAGCAAGGUUGAUGUCGUUUAUCAUGAUGUGAAGAUAUCGAGGAAUAUGAGUAUCAAUAUGCGUUUUGCGGAAUAUAGAGCUUCGAGACGGUGA